GGAACGAUCCCACUUUUACCGGCGUCCGUAGUGAAAGCGGCAGCGGCGGCUCAUGAGCCUCACAUAAGCGGACUGUCCCUCCUCCAGCAGCGACCUUUUAGCACGUUUUUCUCCCCGCGCCGAAUCAUGUUGACUCUAAGCGGGUUGUCAGUGGCUCUCGCUCUCGCUCUGGUGCUGGGUGCCGCCGGAGCUCUGAAAGACGGAGAGUGUGAAGUGUGCGUCACGUUCCUCGGGAAGUUCUACCAGUCGCUCAGUGACAACAAUGUGAAGUUCAACAGCGUGGACAUCGAGAAGGCUCUCGUGAAGACCUGCAAGGACGCGAGAGGCAAAGAGAACCGCUUUUGUUACUACAUCGGGGCGACGUCUGACGCAGCCACUAAGAUAAUCAACGAGGUUUCUCGGCCGCUCAGCUCCCACAUCCCCGUGGAGAGGAUCUGCGAGAAACUCAAGAAGAAGGACGGACAGAUCUGUGAACUCAAAUACGACAAACAGCUGGACCUGAGCACGGUGGACCUGAAGAAGCUCAAAGUGAAGGACCUGAAGAAGAUCUUGGAGGAGUGGGGCGAGUCCUGCAAAGGAUGUGCCGAAAAGUCCGACUUCAUCCGCAAAAUCACGGAGCUCAUGCCCAAAUAUGCGCCAGUGGCCGCCAAAGCACGGACAGACUUGUAACACAACAACAAAAACACACAGACGCACAAC